UCAGGUAAUCCACGUUCCAUGCAUGUACCAAGAUUGGGCCUCUUAGGUGGUGGAGAAAGCUCGUUAGUGACUCAGCCAUCCAAUUGGAAUGGAAGCCAAGGUCCAACUAGCACAGUGACUUCUUGGGGAGGAAGCCGGCCAAAUAGUUCCUCAGACUUGCCUGGAAGCUCAAAUUCAGAAAAUAUGGUAGUAGAUGGAGAUAUGAAUUUUUCUGGAAUUCUUGGUGCUACAGGUGGUACAGACUUUGCAGACUCGAAGCAAGGAGGAAACAGCAAUGCCUUUAGACAAGAUCAUGCCAUUCCACCACCUCGAAUGGGACUUUUGGGUGGUGGUGAAGGCAAUAUGAAUACAGGAUCCAAUGGCUGGGUAAAUGGUGGCAAUAAUGGAAACCAAGGCUCAGGUUGGGGAUCUGGUGGUGUGAGAGCAAGUACAAACAAUCCUGUGACCGACUCGGGUGCUGGUACAUCACCAACAAAACCUCAAGGUUCAUGGGCACAGGCAGCUGGAAAAGGUUUGAACUCUGCAGUUCCUCCUGGUGCAUCCAAUAGUGCAAGUGGACAAAACAAUUGCCCACCUAUGACACAAGAUUCUUCUUCUACCCAAAGUGAAGGCGGAAAUGCAGCUAGAGAUCGUGAGCAGGAAGCAAAAGAAUUGAGAGUUAAAGCGGCUUACAGUGAAGGAUGGGGUCAAAAUUCUGUUAAUCAAGAAACAUCUUGGGAUGUCCCAAUCAGCCCACCACCAGAAGGGGGAAAAGAGCAACCACCUUCAGCUGUAUGGCGUGCUACUGUCAACAAUGGUACUGAAAUUUGGGAGAAUAAUUUGCGCAUGUCCAAGGGUGCCGGGUCAUCGGCACCUGUUCCAACUACGUCCGCUCCACCUUGGGGUCACACUCCUGCUACUAAUAUUGGAGGUCAUUGGGGUGAUGAUGAUGCUUCAAACAUGUGGAGUGGUGUACCGCAGAAUCAAAAUCCAAAUUCUUCAAAUUGGCCUGACUCAAAUGCCCCAAGUUCUGCUAACAUGUGGGGUGGCUCUGUGCCAAACGAAAAACAUUGGAAUUCUGGCAAUCAGUCAUCUUGGGGAGAUGCUACUAGUGGAUCGCCUGAUAAUGGGACUUCUGUUUGGACAGCCAGUAAAAAUCGUCAGAUGUCUAAUUGGUCACCAAUGGCUACUCCAAAGAAAGAGAUGCCGCCAUCUGGGUGGGAAGAACCAUCUCCUCCUCAAAACAGGCGGGCAGUUGGAGGUAAUUAUGAUGAUGGAACUGCUGCAUGGGGAAACCCUGGUAGACAAGGAAAAGUUUCACACUGGAAAGAUGCUCACCCUUCCAAGCCUAUAAUGAAUUCUAACAACAGCAUGGUGGGCCCAAAUAAUAUGUUUGCUAAUAUGGGUGGAUUACCUCCCUCAGGUCCUGGAAUGAUCCGACUGCCGGCUGGUGGCAAAGGUGAUGGGAACUCGAGCUGGAACAAACAGCCUCCUCCUCUCAAUCGCAACUCAAGCUGGCAAGAUAUGCCGCCUCAUCGGGACUCUCCCACCAUAAGCAACUGGGGUGAUGAAAGUCACUUGCAUAACAGCCAGAUGAAGAAUCUUCAAGGUGGACCUUACAAUGUUGGGUGGAACGACCAGUCUAGCAACCAAUUAUCCUAUUGGGGUGCUAAGCCAAAGGCAAAUGCAAAUUGGGCAGAUGGCCAAGUUGAUACUAGUUCUUGGCUUGGUCCUUCUAAACAGGGUGGAAAACCAUUGUGUAAAGACAUUAUACAUGCCAGCAAGCAAUUCCGAAUUCUUACAGAACUGGGUUUUAGAAAGGAAGAUGUUGAAAAUGCAUUAAGAAACAACAAUAUGAAUUUGGAUGAAGCUGCAGCUGAACUGCAAGCAGUGAAUAAUGGAGUGAUGGAUGUUGAUAGCUUUACUGGGCGUAAAGUUCGUCCUGCCAACAUGUAUGAGGAUAUGUCAAUGUCUGAUCACACCCUUGAUUCUUCAUUUGCUUCCAAUACUUUCCAUGGACCUAACAACUUUCAAAAUGCAAUGAAUUUCUCCAGUGUUGGUGGCCAUUCUUUCAAGCAAGCACCAAAGGGUACAAGUGCCAACAACAAUCUUCUUAACUCUGCUCUUGGAGGUCAGAGUGCUGCUGGGUCUAUGAGCAAUAUAUCUCCAGCUCUGUUGCAAAAGCUUCUUCAACAACAACAACAACAGCAGAAUAACCUUCCUGCUAUUGGAAGCCCAAAAUUUCCUACUAGUGCUCAACUUCGUCAUUUGGUGCAGCAAAUACAAAUGGCAGUCCAGGCUGGCCAUUUGAACGCUCAGAUCCUUAACCAGCCAUUAGCUCCUCAAACUCUUCAAUUCCUAUAUCAGCUCUUACAACAAAUCAAAGUUUUAAGCCAAUUGCAAUCGCAACAAGUUUUACAGAGUAGUCAUGUGUCCAAGCAAGGGUUGCCUAACUCAAAUUCUGCUUUACAAUUAAGUGUUCAAGUUGCUCAAACCAAACAAAGAAUCAACAAUCUUCAAAACCAAAUUUGUGCUAAUCAAGCUCUAUAUCUCAAACAGAUUCCACAACAACCUCUCCCGCAGCAUCAUAACACUCAACCUUCACUUGACAUCUUCAAGCCCAAUGUUGAAGCAAUGUCUGGGCUUCAUCAUGAGUUUCGUUACCUCUCAAUCAUAGAUGUACCACAUCAAAACCACCAGUCCCGUCUCAAUCAAUGGAAGCUCUCCUCCAGUGAAAAGGAUGAAAAUUCAAUGGUCCCCCCCGGAGAUUUGAAUCAAGGUUCUGUCGGAGGAAAUUCUGAUUUUAGCCGUGCCCCUGGAACAAUGAAUUCAAAAGUCACUAGCAGCACUCCUAAUUCAGGGUCCACUUUACAUCCACUUCUGGACCAGAGUGAUAGCACUUGGUCUGGCUUAUCCACCCGUUCACAUGGAGAAUCUGGUUGGCCUGAGGUUGUGCAGUCUUCCACAGAGAAUGCAAACACUUCUAAUAACGAUCCAACUUCAAUUGGUAAUGGGCAAUCAUCUGAUAACAAAGAUAGCACUGGGCCUACAACUGCCUCUGGUUCAUCUCAUUCUUCAUACAAUUUGACAGAUCUGGUGCCCGAGUUUGAACCUGGAAAGCCAUGGAAAGGUACACAGUUGAAAAAUAUUGAAGAUGACCCCCACAUUACUCCAGGAAGUAUUGCUAGAUCUCCUUUAUCAGUCUACAAUAUAAAAGAAUCGAAUCUAUUUUGGCCAUCCAAAACUAGUCCUGCUAAUACCAGUAGUGAGACAGCUGGUAGUCUUACAUCAAGCACCUGGGUAUUUAAUCCAGCAACCUCGGCCAGUCAUAAUAGCUCAAAUGGGACAGCCAAGCCUGGAAAUGGAAAACCAAGCUGGGGCUCUGAUUUUGGACCUGGAUCUUCAGAUUUAUGGGGAUCAUUGUCCAAGUCUCGCAAUCCACCUCCCCCAGGAUUAACUACUACUCAAGGCUGGGAUCGUCCACAGUGCUCAACUUUCUUGAUUUUGAGAAAUCUGACUCCUCAAAUUGAUGGAUCAACAUUGAAAACUCUCUGCAUGCAGCAUGGUCCAUUGCAAAUGUUUCACUUAUUUUUAAACCGUGGGGUUGCUUUAGUUCGCUAUUCUACCCGUGAAGAAGCUUCCAAGGCCCAAUCUGCUUUGAACAACUGUGUCUUAGGAAACACUACCAUGCUUGCGGAUAUGCCGAGUGAAGGCGAAAUUCAGCAGUACCUCCAACAAGUGUCUUCUGGUCAGGCUGGAAGCAAUACCUGGUCUUCUCAACAGCCACAACAACAGAGUGCUGGGGGCACUACUGGCUUCCAUGGCUCUAGUUCAUCUACAUUCUAUGGGGGAUCUGCCAAUGGAGCCGGUGGUUCCAACUGGAGUGGGAACGUCUCCACUUCACAACUCUGGUCAUUCUCUAACCCUAGCCUCUGGGGUACAUCUCAGCCAAGCAAUGAUCAUGAUGCAAGUACAAAUCCUAUGAAUUCUUACCUUCCUGGUGAUCUUCUAGGUGGUGAACCUAUGUGA